AUGUCAUCAAUCCUGAUUGGUUGUCAACAUUUCACAGCCAGACACACAGCUGUUGAAAUGUCUUCUCUCCUUAUAGAGCAGGUGAAUAAAUGGGGAUUAGUUAAUAAAAUAACUAUGAUUGUUAGUGAUAAUAUGGUGGCAGCUGUUCGAUUAUGCCAGUGGAGGCAUUUUCCAUGUUUUGCUCAUAGCAUCAAUUUAAUAGUACAAUCUGCGCUAGAGAAAGUGAGACCAAUAUUAGGUAAAGUAAAGGCCAUUGUGAAAUAUUUCAAACGCAGUACUAACGCAUUGUCUCGUCUAAAUGAUAUUCAAAAACAAGGUGGUUAUUCUGUUUUGAAGCUAAAGCGUUGUCCUACCCGGUGGAAUUCCACAUUUGAUAUGGUUGAUAGAAUUUUGAAAAUAAAAGAGCCAGUUUUAUUUACAUUAGCCAUUAUUAAUAAUGAUCUUAACACAAUCACAUUUGAUGAGUGGAAUGUCUUGAAAGUGCUUUGUCAAUUAUUAAAAAUUUUCUAUGAUGUAACUAAUGAAAUAAGUUCAGAGAAUUAUGUAUCUAUAUCAAAAGUUACGAUAUUUUCAAGGGCAAUGGUGAACUAUGUAUCAGGGUACACUAAUAACCGUACAAUGCCAACUGAAAUUGCAUUCAAGAUUUGA